GGGAGUGUGGCAUGUCCUCGAGUUAGACACUAUCUUUGCCCUUCGGAAAAUUUUCAUCUAUUGCAACACGGGUUAGAAACAUUGUACGACAUCAGAGACACAAUCUCAACCCCCUACAGCCCGGCCUCUUCUUGCCUUCUUCCGUGACCUUGAUACCAGGAUAUCCCGGGCAGAUCAGAGCAUCAAAUCAGUUGCUGGUCCUACUGAUACGUUUAGUUUUUAUCACGAGCACUGAGACAUUUGCGUUGCUGCAAUAAUUAUGGCUACAGAAGCAACAGCCUCUCCCGGUGAGCAGCCAGAGGCUAGCUCUCAAAGACCAUCCGCAGGUCCCUGGUGGAAACGAGUAUUGAAGCCUUCGUCUGCAAAUGACGCGGAGGUCAAUCAAGACAGUAUUAACUAUCGCUCCAAGUCGACCUUGGGAAUUCUCAGUGACAAGCAAACCGAUGAAGUACCUGGAACGGUUCUUCUGCUAUCGUCAAACCGCAAUGAGCCAUUAGGGCUGAGGCACCAGCCGCAGCGGACAUCCCGCUCAUCCCUCCCAUCUCCAUAUCCCCCGUCGCGUUCAUCUUCGCGUACCUCGGCAAAAGCUCGGCCGUCGAAGAAGAAGACCGCGGAUGGACAGAUCGUCUUAGACCCUCAGCCUGAAGAUUCGAUGAACGACCCGUUAAACUGGCCGGUCUGGCGUCGAGAUGCCGCAUUGUUAUCGCUGGGAUUUUAUUGUCUGAUGGGAGGUGGAAUGACACCGAUCCUGGCCGCUGGUUUCACGCAGGUCGCGGAUACUUAUAGCGUGUCCACGCAACAGGUGGCCUACACCACAGGUCUGUAUAUGUUGGGUCUCGGCGUGGGGUCCGUCAUCAUGUCGCCGACCGCGAUUUUGUAUGGAAAAAGGCCGGUCUACCUUCUCGGCGCCACCCUUUUCGUUAUCUCAGGCGUCUGGUGUGCCCUAUCUCCGAACUACCCCAGCCUUAUCGUUGCCCGCGUUUUCCAAGGCAUCGCAGUAAGCCCGGUAGAGUGUCUACCCUCUGCGACCAUUGCCGAGAUAUACUUUCUACACGAACGGGCCUAUCGGGUUGGGAUUUAUACCCUUCUCCUCUUGGGAGGGAAGAAUUUAAUCCCUUUGGUGAGUGCUGCCAUUAUCGGCAACUUGGGCUGGCGUUGGGUGUUCUGGAUUGUCUCCAUCGUGGUGGGAGCUUGCCUGGUCUUGUUGUUUUUCUUUGUUCCGGAAACAUUUUGGGAUCGUACGCCGCGCCCUCGUGCGCGCAAACGUCCACAUUUAUAUCGGAGCGUGUCGGACUUGGUCUCUCAUGGCAUUCGCGGGCGCCCGACGCAUGUAAAACGACUUGACGAUCAUGCCCCGGAGGCUGACACCGAAUCCGCGCCGCCCAAGAAGUCCAAGAAGGGCCACGUCGGAUUCGUAGAGAACCCUGACGCGGAAAGUUAUUCACCCGACGAAAAGGAGGCGGCGGCAGACCGUGACCGUGUCUCACUAGCGCCGGAUGCCCCAGGCGAGGAUCAUGUACACUUCGCACACAACUCCGAUCCGGAAAAGGCCGACGGGUUUCUACAGCCUCCUGCUCCUGCCGCUCCUGGCCCCGAGCGGCCAUCCGAGCUGGGAGUUAGCCGCCACGCCGCCUUAUCUCCAGCCCGCAGCGAUUCGCUUGAUCCUAGCGCACCAAUGAAUGGAUCCAUGCACUACACGAAUUGGCUUCGGGAGCGACCUCAGAUGCCAUAUCUACACUAUCUCCGGGUUUGGAACGGUCGAAUCUCCCAUGACAAUUGGCUGCGCGUGGCCGCGCGCCCGUUUAUCCUAUUUGCCUACCCAGCUGUGCUGUGGUCGGCAGUUGUUUACGCGCUCUCGGUCGGAUGGUUGAUUGUUCUGUCCGAGUCCGUUGCAAAAGUCUACGAAACGCGGGAUUCCUACAACUUCACGGCCUUGCAAGUGGGACUCGUGUACAUCUCGCCAUUUAUCGGAGGCUUGCUGGGAACUGCCGUGGCCGGGAAGGUAUCCGAUGUGAUUGUCCGAUACAUGACCCGACGUAACGGCGGCGUCUAUGAACCAGAAUUUCGGCUGGUGAUGGCGAUCCCCAUCGCCCUAUCGACGACGAUAGGUCUCAUGGGAUUUGGAUGGAGCGCGGAGGAGCGGGAUGCGUGGAUAGUGCCCACAGUCUUUUUCGGCGUAGUUUCGUUUGGAUGCUGCCUGGGUAGCACGACGUCCAUCACGUUCUGUGUCGACAGCUAUCGCCAAUACGCAGGCGAAGCGUUGGUGACCCUGAAUUGGAGCAAGAAUGUAUUCCACGGGCUGAUCUUUUCGUUGUUCAUUGUCGACUGGCUAAACGCGCAAGGCUCUCAAACCGUGUUCUUAGCCCUGGGUGGAAUUCAAUUGGGAUGCCUUCUAUUUACGAUCCCCAUGUACAUUUAUGGAAAGCGGCUUCGGAUGUGGACCGUCCGUAAACGCCUGAUGGAGAAAUGGUAGACCCUGCUUUCGACGCAAUCUUUGAUGAGUUAUGAUUGGACAUAUAUAGGUCAUGGACGUUCCAGUACAUAUGCAUUGUUACGUCCCUGAGUCGUCAUGAUGUGCAUGAUACAUGUCGAGCUAGUAUAUAUAUAGUAUAGAGUGAUAUCAACUUUAUCUGUUUGAAACUGUCUUGGGCAACUCACAUGAU